UCAACACUCGACACAAUCCAUGGAGAUAGAAAGGAAGAAAGGCUAUGCCUGGGCUGCCUCAGCCGGUCUCAAUGCCGCUCUUGCCGCCAUUUCAGCUAAAUUUUUUUCAUCUCAGUUGAAAUAUGCUCUGGUUAUAUUCUUCAACGUCAUAAUGAGGGGAUGCUACGUUAACAGUAUGAGAUCUCUCUCGUCUUUACAAGCUACUGUGACAAACUUUGCGACCAAUUUUCUCUCGUCUGGGUUGUCUGGUUUCUUUCUCUUUGAGGAGGCACUGCCACUUAAGUGGUUUGCAGGCGCUGUGUUAAUAGUGAUUGGCGUUAUAAUUCUAAGCAAGUCGAGCAUCGACAAGAAAACACACACAAGCCAAAUUACUGAGGAGAAAGACUCGGUUGUUCGCUUCAUGUCUAAAAAGGUUCCGCUGUUGGAGGAUUUUGCAGAAAGAUGUUCCCCGCUAUUCGUCUCCAUCCUGCAUAUAAUGUACCAGUGCAUUUUCCUUUCUCGAUUUAUUAGCACUUUUUUCUACUCUACAAGCACAAGAUUGGCAAAUUACCAUCCGGGACCUUUGCAUAUCAGGCAAACAAACACUGCUCUAAUAAGUGAUAUGGACGACAGUUCGCACCGUGAAAAUGGGCGACACAAACCGCCUCAGGGUCAGUGGCUGAUGCGGCACCAGCCUUCGAUGAAACAAAUAAUGGCUAUCAUGGCCGAACGAGACGCCGCCAUCCAAGAACGCAACCUCGCCGUCUCAGAAAAGAAGGCCGCCCUUGCCGAACGCGACAUGGCCAUUCUCCAGCGCGACUCGGCCAUCGCUGAACGUAAUAUUGCCAUAAUCGAGCGAGGCAAUGCCAUAGCCACUCUCCAAUACCGAGAAAACGCCCUAAUAGUUGCGUCAUGUGAAUGUUAUGUGCACCUCCAUGUACGCCAUAGUCGAAGGCUGCCUGAAGGCCAUGUACGGUUCCAGCGGGGUCAGCAGGCCAUAAAUAACGUCAACACGAAUGAU